AUGAUGAGACGAGAAGGAUCCAUGCUACGCAGCCGCGGGAUUGCUUUUGUAUUUCUUAUUCUGCACUCUGUCUAUGGAGACUUAACCUACUCUAUUCCGGAGGAGAUGAAACGGGGAUCUGUGAUAGGAAAUCUAGCCAAGGAUCUAGGACUUGAAGUGGGAAGACUAUCCGCUCGCAAGGCCCGUAUUGAUGUUGAAGGUAACAGCGCUCAGUAUUGUGCUGUUAAUCUGAAUACCGGAGACUUGAUUGUCCAUGAAAGGAUUGACAGAGAAGGGCUUUGUGCGAAGAAGGCAUCGUGUGUUUUAAAGCAGGAACUCGUACUGGAAAAUCCAUUAGAAUUGCACCGCAUCAGUAUCAGCGUUCGAGAUAUUAAUGACAACUCGCCACAAUUUAAAGAAGAUGUACUAAAAAUUGAAAUCCACGAAUUGGCAGCUAAGGGCACACGUUUUCUUUUGGACGAGGCGCACGAUGGAGACAUCGCAGAAAAUUCUGUUCAGGGCUAUACUCUUCAACAAAAUGACCAUUUCACAUUGAACGUCAACACUAAAGGUGGUGGACGAAAAUAUGGAGAAUUAGUCUUAGACAAGGAAUUAGACAGGGAGGACAAACACGAGAUGAAGCUACUGCUUACCGCAUUUGAUGGUGGUUCUCCUCGGAGAUCAGGUACUGUAAUCAUACACGUCACUGUGCUGGAUGCUAAUGAUAACGCUCCAGUGUUUAGCCAGAACGUGUAUAAAGCCAGUUUGCCUGAAAACUCUCCUGUUGAUACCGUGGUGCUUACAGUCAGUGCUACUGAUGCAGACGAGGGUGUGAAUGGCGAAGUAACUUAUGGGUUUGAUCAUGUUUCUGAUGAAGCUAUCUAUGUGUUUUAUCUGCACCCUAAAACAGGAGAGGUUAGAGUGGUUGGAGUUAUUGAUUAUGAGAAGGAGUCGUCAUAUGAAAUGCAGAUUAGCGCCAAAGAUGGCCUUGGAUUAGCGUCAUACGCAACGUUAAUGAUUGAAAUUACGGAUAGAAAUGACAACGCCCCGGUGAUAUAUCUUAAAUCUCUGACCAAUCCCAUACCAGAGAACGUGCCACCUGGUACGGAGGUUGGCAUCAUUAAUGCGCAGGAUAGAGACUCUGAGAAUAACCGACAGGUCCGCUGCUCCAUUCAACAAAACGUCCCAUUUAAGUUGGUAGCCUCCAUCAAAAACUAUCAUUCUCUGGUGACCACGGGCCACCUUGACCGUGAAUUAGUAUCCGAUUACAACAUUACAAUCACUGCUACUGAUGAGGGCUCUCCUCCUCUUUCCUCCUCUAAAAUUGUUCAGUUAUCUGUAGCUGAUGUCAACGACAACCCACCUGUGUUUGAGGAUCAGUCCUACAGCGCCUAUGUGACUGAAAAUAACAAACCUGGCUCGACUUUAUGUUCUGUUGCUGCUCGAGACCCAGACUGGAGACAAAACGGCACUGUGAUUUAUUCUCUUUUACCAGGUGAUGUGAACGGGGCCCCGGUGUCCUCCUAUCUGUCAGUUAACGGAGAUACAGGUGUUAUCCACGCUGUGAGGCCGUUUGAUUAUGAACAGUUCAGGAGCUUUAAAGUCCAGGUGAUGGCCAGAGACAACGGUUCUCCUCCGCUCAGCAGCAACGUGACCGUCAGUGUCUUCAUAACGGAUGUGAAUGACAACUCUCCUCAGAUAUUGUACCCCGCCCCGGAGGGCAGCUCGUUCAUGACCGAGCUGGUGCCCAAAGCUGCACACGGAGGCUCUCUUGUGUCCAAGGUGAUAGCUGUGGACGCGGACUCCGGCCAGAACGCCUGGCUGUCCUAUCAUAUAGUCAAAUCCACUGAUCCGGGACUUUUCACUAUUGGUGUCCACAGCGGAGAGAUCAGGACACAGCGGGACAUUUCUGAAUCUGACAGCAUGAAACAAAACCUCAUUGUGGCAGUGAAAGAUAACGGGCAGCCCUUUCUCUCUGCCUCCUGUUCCAUGUAUUUACUUAUUUCGGACAACUUGGCUGAAGUUCCAGAACUGAAGGAUAUGUCUCAUGAUGAAAACAAUUCCAAACUGACUUCUUACCUUAUCAUUGCGUUAGUUUCCGUCUCCACUUUCUUCUUGACCUUUAUUAUUAUCAUCCUGGGUUUGAGGUUUUGUCGCAGAAGAAAGCCUAGACUGAUGUUUGACGGGGCUGUCACCAUCCCCAGCGCUUAUCUCCCACCUAAUUACGCAGAAGUUGACGGCACAGGAACUUUACGCAGCACGUACAAUUAUGAUGCCUAUUUGACAACGGGCUCUAGAACCAGUGACUUCAGGUUCCUUAGUUCUUACAAUGACAACACGCUGCCUGCAGACGAGACUCUGAAAAAAAGUCCAUCCGACUUUGCCGAGGUAUUUGGAGAUGUAGGUCAAUCCCCGGAGGUAGGAGUAAGUUUGAGAUCUAUUCAUUUAUUUACAUGCAAUCCGAAAAGGUUCAGUGAUACACUGUUAUGUUCAAAGAGUGGCAGGUUUGAAUGCGAAGUUGGCUUUCGCUUUGUGAUAAUGACGUUCAGUAGAAUUGCGCUGGUCUACCAUGGCCUUGCUUUUAUUUGUCUUGUUCUGCAAUCUGUCUAUGGAGACUUGACCUACUCUAUUCCGGAGGAGAUGAAACGUGGAUCUGUGAUAGGAAAUCUAGCCAAGGAUCUAGGACUUGAAGUGGGAAGACUAUCCGCUCGCAAGGCCCGUAUUGAUGCUGAGGGUAACAGCGCUGAGUAUUGUGCUGUUAAUCUGAAUACCGGAGACUUGAUUGUCCAUGAAAGGAUUGACAGAGAAGGGCUUUGUGCGAAGAAGGCAUCGUGUGUUUUACUGCAGGAACUCGUACUGGAAAAUCCAUUAGAAUUGCACCGCAUCAGUAUCAGCGUUCGAGAUAUUAAUGACAACUCGCCACAAUUUAAAGAAGAUGUACUGAAAAUUGAAAUUCAAGAAUCAGCGGGUAAGGGCGCACGUUUUCUUUUGGACGAGGCACACGAUGGAGACAUCGCAGAAAAUUCUGUUCAAGGCUAUACUCUUCAACAAAAUGACCAUUUCACAUUGAACGUCAACACUAAAGGUGGUGGACGAAAAUAUGGAGAAUUAAUCUUAGACAAGGAAUUAGACAGGGAAGACAAACGAGAGAUGAAGCUAUUGCUUACCGCAUUUGAUGGUGGCUCUCCCCGGAGAUCAGGUACUGUAAUCAUACACGUCACUGUGCUGGAUGCUAAUGAUAACGCUCCAGUGUUUAGCCAGAACGUGUAUAAAGCCAGUUUGCCUGAAAACUCUCCUGUUGAUACUGUGGUGCUUACAGUCAGUGCUUCUGAUGCAGACGAGGGUGUGAAUGGCGAAGUAACUUAUGGGUUUGAUCAUGUUUCUGAUGAAGCUAUCAGUGUGUUUUAUCUGCACCCUAAAACAGGAGAGGUUAGAGUGGCUGGAGUUAUUGAUUAUGAGAAGGAGUCGUCAUAUGAAAUGCAGAUUAGCGCCAAAGACGGCCUUGGAUUAGCGUCAUACGCAACGUUAAUGAUUGAAAUUACGGAUAGAAAUGACAACGCCCCGGUGAUAUAUCUUAAAUCUCUGACCAAUCCCAUACCAGAGAACGUGUCACCUGGUACAGAGGUUGGCAUCAUUAACGUGCAGGAUAGAGACUCUGAGAAUAACCGACAGGUCCGCUGCUCCAUUCAACAGAAAGACUCAUUUAAGUUGGUAGCCUCCAUCAAAAACUACUAUUCUCUGGUGACCACGGGCCACCUGGACCGUGAAUUAGUAUCCGUUUACAACAUUACAAUCACUGCUACAGACGAGGGCUCUCCACCUCUGUCCUCCUCUAAAACUGUUCAGUUAUCUGUAGCUGACAUCAAUGAUAACCCACCUGUGUUUGAGGAACAGUCCUACAGCGCCUACGUGACUGAAAAUAACAAACCUGGCUCCACUUUAUGUUACAUCACUGCCGAGGACCCAGACUGGAGACAAAACGGUACAGUGAUUUAUUCUCUUUUACCUGGUGAGGUGAACGGGGCCCCGGUGUCCUCCUAUCUCUCAGUUAACGGAGAUACAGGUGUUAUCCAUGCCGUGAGGUCAUUUGAUUAUGAACAGUUCAGGAGCUUUAAAGUCCAGGUGAUGGCCAGAGACAACGGUUCUCCUCCGCUCAGCAGCAACGUGACCGUCAGUGUCUUCAUAACGGAUGUGAAUGACAACUCUCCUCAGAUACUGUACCCCGCCCCGGGGGGCAGCUCGUUCAUGACCGAGCUGGUGCCCAAAGCUGCACACGGAGGCUCACUGGUGUCCAAGGUGAUAGCUGUGGACGCGGACUCCGGCCAGAACGCCUGGCUGUCCUAUCAUAUAGUCAAAUCCACUGAUCCCGGACUUUUCACUAUUGGUGUCCACAGCGGAGAGAUCAGGACACAGCGGGACAUUUCUGAAUCUGACAGCAUGAAACAAAAUCUGAUUGUUGCAGUGACAGAUAACGGGCAGCCCUCUCUCUCUGCCACCUGUUCCAUGUAUUUACUUAUUUCUGACAACUUGGCUGAGGUUCCAGAGCUGAAGGAUAUGUCUUAUGAUGACAGCAAUUCAAAGCUGACCUCCUAUCUGAUCAUCGCACUGGUGUCUGUCUCCACAUUCUUCCUGACCUUCAUUAUUAUCAUCCUGGGUUUGAGGUUUUGUCGCAGGAGAAAGCCCAGAAUGUUGUUUGACGGAGCCGUCGCUAUCCCCAGCGCUUAUCUCCCUCCUAAUUAUGCAGAGGUUGACGGCACAGGAACUUUACGCAGCACCUACAAUUAUGACGCCUAUUUGACAACGGGCUCUAGAACCAGUGACUUCAAGUUCGUGAGAUCUUACAAUGACAACACGCUGCCUGCAGACGAGACUCUGAAAAAAAGUCCAUCAGACUUUGCCGAGGUAUUUGGAGAUGCAGGUCAAUCCCCUGAGACAAAUCCGGAGGACCAUUCUUGA